AUGAAUACCCGGCACUUUCUUCGCCCCAUCUCCCAGGCCAGUCGAUUCAUGCUAGGGCCCUGGGCGAACACAGCAAAUGCCUCCAGGCAAAUCAGCAAUUAUACUGGCAAGACCUUCACCCUCAACACGGGCGCCCAGAUCCCGGCCAUUGGAUGUGGAACAUUCCAAGACAAAGAGCAGCAGGAGGGCGCCGUGCUUGAAGCCCUGAAGGCCGGUGUAAGACUCAUUGAUACGGCGAGAGUGUAUGCUCCCCGUUCUCGUUAUCUCUCAUCUUUCUCUACAGAUCAGGGUAAGAAAGCAGAAGUGGCUAACCCAGACUAUAGCUAUGACACAGAAUCAUUCAUCGGCACUGCAAUUCAGAAAUCGUCUGUCCCCCGAGACGAAAUCUUCCUCACCACAAAGCUCUGGUGCAACUCCUUCCACCCGGACGAUGUCGAGUCCGCCCUGGACGAUUCCCUGCGCGACCUGCAAACAGACUAUGUCGACUUGUUUAUGCUCCAUUACCCGUGUACAUUCGCGCGUGGGGAAGAUAGGUUCCCCAAGGGUGAAGAUGGCCUCAUGCGUAUGGGCGAGACGACCUACGUUGAUACGUGGAAGGCCCUGCAAGAAAUAAUGAAGAGGACGGGAAAGAUAAAGGCAAUUGGAGUGUCGAACUUCAGUCAGGCUGAGGUCGAGAACCUGAUUGCAGCUGGGAUGCCGCCAGCAGUCCACCAAAUGGAAGUCCAUCCCUUCCUCUCCCAGAAAGCCUUCACGGCCUGGCACAAGACGCGCGGGAUCCACGUGCAACAAUUCAGUCCCCUGGGCAACAUGAACUCCUUCUACCGUGAGGUGUCCUGGAGCAACGGGCGCGCCAACCGCGGCCGCCUUCUCGACGAACCCGUCCUACACGAAUUAGGCGCAAAGUAUAACAAGAGUCCCGCGCAGGUGGCGCUGGCCUGGGGCGUGAACCAUGGACGGUCCGUUAUUCCAAAGAGCACGAUCCCUUGGCAGAUCAGGCAGAAUGUGGAGAGUGUUUUUGUGCUUGACCAGGAGGAUAUGGAGAAGAUUGAUGCGCUGAAUGCGGAUCUCAGGUUCAAUACACCUGAUGAGGCGUAUCGUUGGCCGUUGUAUCAAGGGCUUGAUGGGGUCUAG